AUGGGAAAAUUGUUAAUGCAAUGCAAGCUCAUUGUUUGGGAUGAGUGCACAAUGGCACAUAAGAAAUCACUUGAAGCACUUAACUUCACACUGAAGGAUCUUCGGAGAAAUAACAACAUCUUUGGCGGCUUGAUGAUAUUGUUGGCAGGCGAUUUCAGGCAGACGUUGCCAGUAGUUCCCCGUGGAACGCCUGCAGAUGAAUUGAAUGCUUGCCUAAAGGCAUCACCUUUAUGGAAUAACGUAAAAACAUUAUCGCUAACCACUAAUAUGAGAGUUCAACUUCAAAAUGAUCAAAGUGCUGCACAAUUUUCCAAACAAUUGUUAGAUCUUGGAAAUGGAAAAGUCCCAGUUGAUGCGACAUCUGGAUUAAUUACUCUUACCAACGACUUUUGCCGAUUUGUAGACACUCAAUUAGUUCUUAUUGAAAAUGUUUUCCCAAACAUUAGUGAGAAUUAUAAGAAUUAUGCUUGGUUAAGUCAACGAGCAAUUCUUGCAGCAAAGAAUAAUGAUGUCCACGCACUGAAUUUCACCAUUCAAUCAAAAAUUGCUGGCGAUUUGGUGACAUACAAAUCCGUUGAUUCAAUAACAAAUCCCGAUGAUGUAGUAAAUUAUCCAACGGAGUUUUUGAACUCUCUGGAGAUACCAGGAUUUCCACCACAUAACUUGCAACUGAAAGUUGGUACAGUUAUUUUGAUACUGCGUAAUUUGAAUCCACCGCGACUUUGCAACGGUACUCGACUUUCGGUAAAGAGACUUAUGCCGAAUUUAAUUGAGGCAACCAUUAUUAACGGAAAGUACGCAGGUGAAAAUGUAUGUAUUCCUCGAAUACCAAUGAUUCCGACUGAUCUUCCGUUUGACUUCAAACGAUUGCAAUUCCCAGUUCGCCUUGCGUUCGCAAUGACAAUUAAUAAGUCGCAAGGCCAAUCGCUUAGUGUUUGCGGGAUAAAUUUGGAAAAUCAUUGUUUUUCACAUGGACAGUUAUACGUUGCGUGUUCACGAGUUGGGAAACCAUCCGCUUUGUUUGUGUUAACGUCAGACCAAAAAACAAAAAAUGUGGUUUACCAAAGAGCACUACAAUGA